CGAACGCCGAACACCACGUGACAAACGGCCAUUUUGUUCGCCGGCUUCUACCCGUCACAGUACCGUUCACAGAAUAAUACAACAUGUUAUCUUCGCUUUUUGACACCGCAAGGAAGAGUCCAUUUGCCAGCCCAUUUCAGGCACAUUGUGAAGGUCCACGUUCGUCCACACAAUCCACGGAUGUCGUGCCGGCGAGAACGAUAUCGGCCGCCACGGUCGCUGAAGGUGAUAGUUGUGAAUUUGGUAGUGGCACAUUUUUUGCAUAUUGUGGUUUAGGAGGCAUUUUAAGUUGUGGUAUCACCCACACUGCCAUUGUACCAUUGGAUUUAGUGAAAUGUAGAAUUCAGGUUGAUCCAGGGAAGUAUGGCAACAUCAUUAAUGGGUUCAGAGUGACGUUGAGGGAAGAAAAUCUGCGAGCACUUGGCAAAGGGUGGGCACCUACUUGUAUUGGCUACUCCAUGCAAGGUCUUUGUAAAUUUGGAUUAUAUGAAGUAUUUAAACUGAAAUACAGUGAGCUGAUAGGGGAAGAGUUGUCUUAUUCAUGGCGUACAACACUUUAUUUGGCUGCUAGUGCUUCAGCUGAGUUCUUUGCUGAUAUUGCACUGGCCCCGAUGGAGGCUGUGAAAGUACGAAUGCAAACUCAGCCUGGCUUUGCAAACACACUUCGAGAAGCGUUCCCUAAAAUAAUGAAUGGUGAAGGUGUCAGAGGAUUUUACAAGGGACUGCCGCCCCUAUGGAUGAGACAGAUUCCAUACACAAUGAUGAAAUUCUCGUGUUUUGAAAGAACUGUUGAAGCUUUGUACAAAUAUUGUGUGCCGAAGCCAAGGAGUGACUGUUCAAAAGGGGAGCAGUUGGUUGUGACAUUUGCUGCUGGUUAUAUCGCUGGUGUAUUCUGUGCCAUUGUAUCUCAUCCUGCUGACACUGUUGUAUCUAAACUGAAUCAAGAUACUGGCAGUACUCCAAUUGAAGUUGCAAAGAAACUUGGAAUGAAAGGACUAUGGAAUGGUCUUUUCCCACGUAUUAUCAUGAUUGGUACCCUGACAGCAUUGCAAUGGUUCAUCUACGAUGCUGUCAAGGUCUACUUCCGUAUGCCACGACCUCCGCCACCAGAGAUGCCUGAAAGUCUUCGUCUGAAGCUUGAAGCCAAGAAACAAUAAACUGAAUGACUUUGCAUUAUUGUGUGACCUGCUUUGGGUGUGAUAAAAACAAAUAUUUAAAAUGAAGUUUACUGUACAAGAGGUUGACAGAAUGCACUAAAUUAUAAAUACUGAAAAGCAAAAACUGUUCUUAGAUAAAAAAAUUCUUUGUACAAAAAAACAAUAAAAUAUUCUUUUCCCCCUAUAUAUACAUUUUUUCCCCAGUACAAAUUUUGAAGGACCUAUACAAUUGUGACUCUCAGAAUUUUAAAAGAAACUAGUUUGAAACAAGCUGGGGAAAAUUUAAAUGGGAUAUUUUAAACCAAACUAGUGUUCCGUGGCACACAAGUGUUGAAAUUCAUGUGGAACUAUUUAAGACCAAUAAAAAAAAUUAAUAUUUUAUGUUACUCA